UGCUGUGAGAGACUUGGCAGCUCUGAGCUGGACUGGGAUCUUUCUGUUGCACAGAAAAUUACCGCUUUGCCUAGCCUUACCAUGGAACCUUAAGCAAAAUUCCUUUCAUUUUUUCUUUAAAAAAAAACCCCACAAGCUCCUCCCCAUGGCCACAUUUUCACUGACCAUCUUUGAUACUCUGAAUCAUCUGCUAUGUUAGUAGAGGAGUUUCCUGUUUGCCGGAACGUACACAAGAUUCCAGAUAGAAGGGCAUGCUUCAGCGUUCCAAGUAUAACCGCUUCAGGAAUGAUUCAGUGACAUCAGUGGAUGAUACUGUCCAUAACUGGUCCAUCAACAGCAAGUUCUCCUCAACUGAUACCAUUUCAGCGUCUUCACCAUAUCUGGCCUCACCUGAGAACCUCCAGAAGGAGCAUGGUGGACACAUCACCCUUUCCACUCUUGUGCCUAAAGCGUCCCACUUAAAACUCUCCUCCACAGGCAGCCUUUGGGGCAUCAAGAACCUCUCCUCUGCAGUGAAAGAGCUGGCUGUCUCCAAGUUUCAGGGUAGCUCAGCAGCAGAGACUUCAGACAACACAUGUAGCCUUGCUAUUGCCACCCUGUCUUCUCAGCAGGACAAGAACAAGAUGAGUACCAGGAAAAAAACAUGGUCGGAUGAAAUGUACCUGGGAGGUGAGGACUGGAAUCAAUGUGGCAGCACUGCCAACAAAGUACCCCAAGGAUGGCUGCAUUCAAAUGAGAAGAUCCUAGGACCUGGAGUGAUGUACAUUGUGAAGUAUUUGGGAUGUAUAGAGGUCUUGCGGUCCAUGAAAUCUCUGGAUUUUAAUACAAGAACACAAAUAACAAGAGAAGCAAUUGGCCUUGUUUGUGAAGCUUUGCCAGGAACCAAAGGAGCUUUUAAAAGAAGAAAGCCACCAAGUAAAGCUCUCUCUAAUAUUCUGGGGAAGAGCAAUCUUCAGUUUGCAGGAAUGAACAUCAGUCUGAAUAUAUCUACCACCAGUUUAAACCUGAUGACUCCUGACUGCAAGCAGAUUAUAGCAAACCAUCAUAUGCAAUCUAUUUCUUUUGCAUCUGGAGUAGAUGUGGAUACAACAGACUAUGUUGCAUAUGUAGCUAAGGAUCCUGUUAAUCACAGAGCAUGUCAUAUUCUUGAAUGUUAUGAUGGGCUUGCCCAGGAUAUAAUCAGUACUAUAGGGCAAGCAUUUGAACUUCGUUUUAAGCAGUAUUUGCAGUGCCCCUCUAAGAUUCCAGCACUUCAAGACAGGUGCUCUGCAUCAGCAUUGGGAAAAGAGCAAACAUACUACCAGAGCCAGCACAUUACAGAUCUGUGUGGUGAAGACCGGCAACGGGCACCCAGCAGGCAAGGGUCUUUGGACAUCUACAGUAUGCCAGAAGGAAAAUCCAAUGUUGAUCCAUCAAAAGAGAUGAUGCCCAUGUAUGUGAAUACACGACAUAUCAAUAUGGAAACUCUACAUGCUCUUCAGACAGAGGCUGAAAAUUUGUUUACUGAAAAAGUAGAAAGCACCAAAGACAGCAGGCCAGGAAAAGAUCUUUUUGACAUGAGCCCUUUUGAAGAUGCUCUCAAGAAUCAAAUGCCUGGGCCUGUUUUAAAUAAAGCUACCUCAGUUGAAUGUACCAGUCCUCUCCUGUCCAGAGCAUGUGGGGCAGCUGUAGCUGAAGAACUGAGCGUUGAGCCCUGGUAUCAAGGAGAAAUGACAAGGAAAGAAGCAGAACAUCUCUUAAAGAAAAGUGGAGACUUUCUGGUUAGGAAAAGUACCUCCAAUCCAGGAUCCUAUGUCCUCACUGGGUUACAGAAUGGACAGGCCAAACAUCUUCUGUUGGUAGAUCCUGAAGGAGUUAUUCGUACGAAGGAUCGUACCUUUGAUAGCAUUGGCCACCUGAUCAAGCAUCAUCUUGAGUACAAUUUACCCAUUGUCUCUUCUGGAACUGAACUCUGCCUCCAACAGCCUGCUGAAAAAAACCAGUGACUGGCCCUGUGGCUGGUGAGAUGUGCAACAAACCACAAUCAGAAAUAAAAUGUAGCUGUAGGUCUAUAGAAAAACAACAUCAUCCAUUGAGGUUUCUAUAGGCCGAAGAAAUACCAGUUCUGCAGGGGACUAGAAUAAUGUUUUUAGGACUUCGGAAUAGGGAAGCAAUUUUUAAAAAAAACAUUGCUUGGGAGGAUAUUCAGAAAAGUGUCUUUAUUCAAAGUGUUCUCAUUCCUUAACAGGAACACUGUUUGUGUACAUACACACAUGUCCCAUUCUAUAUAGACAUGGUAGAUAGUUAUAUUUUUGAAGUCAAUCUGCUGAAGACAACAACCAUUUUUCUACUCUUCAGCGCAGUUUUAGCAGAAGAAAAGAUCUGAGUAGUGUAUGAUUGUGAAGUUAGAAUGUAAGUGUCACAAGCCUUGUUUCCUUUAGAAAAUUAAAGCUAAAAAAAGGUAAUAGUAGAAAUGUAAUAUAAGCACAAUAGUAGAAAGCAAACAGAAAAAAAUGCAAUGAACAAGCAUCAGAUAAAGGAAAAUGACUCUGUGAGAUAGAAUUCCAACAGAAAAUGUUAUCCUGAAUCAACUUUUUAACACAUUCUUGUUUCUCAAGCAAAUGAUCAUUUCCCCACACUUUAGGUGUCUCAUUUUGGUUCGUAUAUAACACUACUCCAGAUUGUUUGCAAUUUGUUUUGACUUUGACUUGAUGUGAUCUGUGUAUGAAGUACAUGCAUUGAAUUUUCUAUUAAUAUGCUGUAUGAAAUUACUUAUUUAAUAAAAGAGUGUUCAAUAUCAAGAUUUUAUUAGACAUGUAAUUCUUUUUUUGCAGUCAGGU